AUGCUUCUACAGAUAGAGCUCUUCAGGGGGAGGCGCCUAGAGCUAGCGAGCGUGCGUGCGGAGCCGAACGGCCCUGUCUGUCUCAUGCCCGAGCAAUCAGCUGCAGUACCCUACGAGCCCAGGGUCCGGAAAGGGCACCGCAAGGUGCGGACGGGCUGCAUCACUUGCAAGCGCCGCAAAGUCAAGUGUGACGAGGGGAAGCCGGUCUGCGCCAAUUGCCUCAAGUAUGGCGUCCAGUGCGGCUAUGGCGAGCACCGGCUGACACACCGGGAUCGUGGCACCGCACCCUCCACCCCUACCGCCUUGGCGGUCCCGGCGCCGGUGUCGGUACUCGACUCCAUCUCGGAGCCGACCCCCGGCGCCUCCUCGGAAUACGGGAACCCGUCCUUCCAGCCGUCCGACGGCUCGGCAGGCGACUUGCCGCCGGCCCUCAACUCGACCCACCUCGAGCUCCUGCACAACUUCACCACGCUCACCUGCCACACGCUCUCGGGCGACCCCAUGAUGCGCAACGUCUGGCGCCUCAACGUGCCCCAGGUCGGCUUCCGCCACGACUACGUCAUGCGCAGCGUGCUCGCCCUCUCGGCCCUGCACAUGUCCUUCUUCUCGGCCGACCGCCGCCGCGACUCGUACCUGCGCGUCGCCCGGUCCGAGCACGGCGCCGCCCUGCCCCAGAUCGCCCGCGCCCUCGGCCGCGCCACCGCCGACAACUGCUCCGCCCUGUACAUCUCGGCCAGCCUGACCUUCAUCUACGCCUGGGCCACGCCGCGCCAGCCCGGCGACCUCUUCCUCGUCGGCAGCCUCGGCACCGGCGACUGGGUUUCCCUGCUCCGCGGCGUCCGCAGCAUCAUCGAGACCUGGCGCGCCGAGCUGCUGCGCGGGCCCUUCAGCACCAUGUUCCAGUCCGGGGUCCGCUACCUCGCCGGCGCCGCCGAGCUGCGGUCCACGCCCGACUGGCUGGCCACCGCCGAGCACGCGCAGCUGGUGCACCUCGCCGCCCUCGUGGCGCAGGCCGCCGCAACGAGGGAAGACGCCGAGGCCCUGCGCAGGAGCAUCGACGACCUGGAGGACUCCUUCUGCGCCCUGGCCGCGGGCGGCCGCGGCGCCGGCGCGUCUCCGGGCACGGGCGGCGCCGGCGGCGGCAGCCCGGGCGGUGGCGCGCUGCGGAACCCCGGCGCGCCGUGGGCGCUGACGUCCAACGUCUACUCGUGGCUGCUCAAGAUGGGCGAGCCCUUCAUCGAGAUGCUCAAGCGGCGGGACCCGCUGGCCCUCGUCAUCUUUGCCCACUUUUGCGUCGUGCUCAACUCCCUCGAGAACUGGUGGUGGAUGCAGGGCUGGUCGACGCACCUCCUGCAGGAGAUCUGGGACCUGCUGGACGAGGAGCACCGGGUGUGGAUACGUUGGCCUAUCGAGGAGAUUGGGUGGAGGCCCAAGCGGUGA